GUUAGAGAAUCAUCCUCGGAUCUGGCUGUCGCGAACUUUGAUGCAGCAUGGAGAGGGCCCUGACCCUUGCGAAAUCUUCUUGGGAGGUCUUCCUCAUGAAGUGGAGCUCCUGGCAGAUUUGGAGCUGUCCUUGCGCACCUCCUUGGAGGCCCUGGCAGCAGCAGACCUUGGUGAGCGUGCUGCUCCGGUACGACUCCGGCUGCACACCUCCAGGGGCGAAGGCCGGGGCCUGGGCUACGGCUUCGCCUGGCUGCCGUGUGGCGCGGAAGGGGUGGCCCAGGGGCUCGCCGCAGCGGGGCGCCUGAGCUACGAGCUGCGAGGUGAGACCCAAGUGGCUCUGGUGCGCCCGGCGCGGGGCCACCAACGGGGCCGGGCAGCGCCAAACAGCCAACCAGUCUUCACCUGCCUGGAGGUCACAGCCUUGACGGACGUGCCGCAGGAGCUCGUAUGCGCAGCCGCUAUGCGUUGGCAAAGCUUUCUGGAGCCUUGGGGUGUUGGCUUGGCAUUUCGGCAUCAUCCACUGGAGCAGAUGGUCAUCAAGCCGGGAGAAGGCAUUGUGGUUUUAGGUUUCUCCAAUGGUCUGUCGCUGCUGCCAUCGCUGCUGUCGCGAGCCAAAGAGAGCGGGGCACCGGUGCUGGUGCUGGUGGAGGAAGGAGAGGCGCCGGUUUCGGCGGUGGUCUCUGGCGUGGAUGUGCUUUGCUGGAAGGAUGUUGGUGAAGACCGAGGCGCAGGCCUGGUCUUUAGCGCCGUGCGCCGCUGUGUGCAUUGGCAGCUGAGUCGCCGAUUGAAAGUCUUCGUGUGCGAUUGCGAUCAGACCCUGUGGGGUGGCGUGGUGGCAGAAGACGGAGUUGAAGAGCUCGACCUGGAGGGACCCUUCCGAGUGCUGCAAGAGAAGGUGGUUCGACUGCAGGAGCUUGGACGUUUGAUUUGCCUGGCCUCCCGGAACCAGGAGGAGGAUGUGCUCAAGGUCUUCGAGCAAAGAGAGAUGCCCUUGAAGAGGGAGCAUCUGGCCGCUUGGCAGGUGCAUUGGGGCUCCAAAGUCUUGAGCCUCCGACGGUUGGCCUCCGAGCUCCGUUUGGGCUUGGAGGCCUUCGUGUUCCUGGACGACAACCCGGCCGAGGUGGAGGCGGUGCGGCGUGCGCUGCCGCAGGUGAUCUGUGUCUCCAUCCCGGCCGAUGCCGAUGCCUUUCAUCGCUUACUGCAGACCCACUGGGCGCUGGAUCUCUGGACCAACACCGGCACGGCGGAAGAUGCGCAGCGCACGCAGAUGUAUCGAGAGCAAGCCUUGCGAAAGCAAGCGCGCCAAGCGGCGCCGAGCUUCGAGGCCUUCCUCCAGUCGUUGCAGGUGCGCAUCGACCUGAGACGGCCGAACCAUGCGGAGCUGGCUCGUGUGGUGCAGCUUUCGCAGCGAACGAACCAAAUGAACAGCACCCAGCUGCGCUUCGCUCAUGAGGGGGUCUUGAAAGAAUGGAUGACAGAUGGACGUUUCGUGCUGGCCGGGUGGGUCUCGG